GACUUCUGAGCAGCCAUGGAUGGAUUACAGCUGCGGCAGGUGUCCAGCAGCCGGAACCUCCUCAAGCUCACUGCUAUGGAGGUGAAGUGGAUUCACGUGUUGGUCAUCUUCUUCUUCCUGUUGUCUGUUGCAAUGACGGGCUGCUUUCUGUGGCAGUACAGCCUCCCCAAGGUGGAGCCCAGCCCAUCAGUGAUGGAAGUGAGAUCAGAAGCUGUGCAGAUGUGCCCCCGCUAUCCUGAACCAGUACCGCUGGACCACCCAAUCCCCAUUCUGAAGGACGCAUUGGAGAAGGUAGAUAUGAUGCUGCGCCAAAAGAUUCAUAGCUCUGGUCUCCCUGCCAUGUCUGCCAUUGUUAUCUACAACGACACUGUGCUCUGGACCGGCAACUUCGGAAAGAAGAAUGGUUCAGACCCCUCCUCAGUAGUGCCCAAUGAGUACACUAUUUACAGAAUUGCCAGUGUCUCCAAGAUCUUUCCCACCAUUAUGUUGUACAAGAUGUGGGAGGAAGGAAAAGUCACAUCUCUGGAUGACCCGUUGGAACGUUACGCCCAGAACUUUGUUAUUAAGAACCCUCUGGGAAGGCUCAAGGAAUCAGAACAGAGAUACACAGCAGAUGGGAUCAUUUUUUUGGAAAAAGGCUCAAUGCCACUUAAGCCAUCACCUGUUACCUUGCGCAGAAUGGCCAGCCAGCUCUCAGGUCUGCCCAGGAGGCUGCGAUCUACCACCCUGCUGUGGAAAGGCAAUACGCAAGAUGCUCUGGCUCUCCUGAAAGAUGACAUCUUGGUCGCUGAUCCUGGAACCAGAUGCCACUACAGCAAUUUGGCCUUCUCACUGAUGGCACAUGUGCUAGCCAACCAUGCAGCUGAGGGGCAAUACCAGCGCUGGAUCUCGGAGAACAUCCUGGACCGCCUGGGCAUGGAGGACACUGGCUUCGACAUCACACCACCAAUCCGCUCCCAGAUGGCUGUGGGUUUCUAUGGCAGCCGUCAGCCCGCCCCUCUCUAUGAUCUUGGCUGGUACAGGCCUUCUGGCCAGAUGUACUCCACAGCUGCUGACCUUGCCAAGCUGGCAAUGGUCUUCUUAGGCACCUACCACCGUCGUCUCCUAGAACCUGACACAGUGAAGACAAUGCUGACCCCACUGUUUAAAUGCUCCACUGAAUACUUUGCUAACAAGACCGGCACACCCUGGGAGAUUAAUGAGCAAUUGGGAUAUGAUGUCAUUAGGAAGGACGGAGACCUUGACGGUUAUUCAGCUACCUUCUCUCUUAUCCCCAAGCUCCGCCUAAGCUUCAUCGUGCUGAUGGCAGGGCCUAGGCCUCAGGGUGGAGAUAUUGUGACUCAGACAUAUGAGUAUCUUAUUCCUGCCAUGGAGACAGCCUUCAGAGAGGCAGAGAAAAGCUUGAUUCCUCCUCCAAGUCCAGGCCCUUAUGUUGGCUACUAUACCUAUUCCAACCUGACUUUCUAUGAGAUCAAAGUUGGACCUGGUGGGGUGCUGGUCAUGCAGCAGUUUGGGCCGCAUGUGGAAGAGCUGAUUCCUGAAAAGUACCGGACAAUCAAGCUCCACCACCUGGAAGAUCGCGUUUUCCAAGUUGUUUUUGACAAGGAGUUCCCAUGUGUUCUGCACCUGGGCUCUGCCUCCAUCUCACUGGAGACCCAGAAUGGGCAGCUCUUCAACUUUUAUCCAUUCGAUCGCAAGGGUUUGUCUCCUGGCUUUGAUGCACCAGGGCUGAACACAUACAAUGUGGUGCGUGUACUUCGUAAACCUGUAUUCUAUAGCUAA